CAAAAUAGGUACAGCGACCAGCUUUGGAUUCUUUGCCUAGAGUUACCGGUUUUCAAUUUCCCAGUCCUUUUGAUUUCUGGAUUAAUUGAAUUUCCACACGUUUUGAUCUUAUCUCGUCCACGGCUGCGAAUAUCAAGAUGGUGUAUGAAAUAACUGAGCAACAAAAGGUUGGCUUGGGUCUUAUUGGUUUCGGUAUCUCCUUCACAUUUCUUGGUGUAACUCUCUUCUUUGACAGGGGUCUGCUUGCUUUAGGAAAUAUUCUGUGGUUAGCAGGGGUCGUAGUUUUGAUCGGUUGGUAUUCGACUUUGCAACUUUUCAGGAAAAACUACAAGGGUUCUAUUUCUUUUCUUCUGGGGCUCUUUUUCUUAUUCGUUCGGUGGCCAAUAGUUGGUAUAAUCUUGGAAAUAUAUGGUUGUCUUGGGCUUUUCGGUGGCUUUUGGCCUUCAGUCAGUGUGUUCCUCAUUCACAUUCCGGUUGUUGGAUGGGUUAUACAGUAUCCGGUAUCGUUCCUCAAUUGGUUUGGAAGGGGUUCGAAUUGAAUACACGAAAAUGUACCUGAUGCUGUUUCCGUCUAAGGUACUGAUUGUUCUAUAGUUCACUGUGGGCUUACAUUUAGUUUCAGAAGCUUAAGAUGCUUGUAAAUGGAGACAUGGAAAAUUUCCCCCUUGGAGGGAACUAGGAAUACCUGAAUUUUAUUCGGAUAAUUACUCAAAGGGUCCUAUGAAUUUUCAAUUUUAACAA